AUGGCGAGCGGACAGGGAGCCAACAGCUCAGGCAUGAGCGCAGGCACAAAGUCCAUCACCUUCAAGCAUUAUACAUUCACGCCGGCCCCUCAAUCUUCCCUGCCCCCGUACAAGCGCCGACGUAUCACUGAGCCAGCACAGCCGGCAUAUCCAUAUAUCAAGGGCGCCGAUAGAGAAACCUCCACGGAUGGUGUGAAUGGUUCGUAUAAACUGGACUGCCUGAAGCAGCCAACUCAUGUCGGCAUACCAAACAAUAAUAUUUUAGGAAAUACUGCUUCAUUCUCGUCGCAGAGUGCGUCCGAAAGAUCAUAUCGGGCAGAACAGGAUUCUGAUCUUACAGGACACAACACACCCAACACCUCGGUAUCGAACACAUCACCAUGGCCUCAGAUCAGGUCAAUGUCUCCAGCAGCCACGGCAACAAAUCUCGCUGAAAAACCGAAGCAGGUUCACGAACCCGAAGUUGAGGCUCCCAAUUACGAGGAAUUCAAACCACGCUCUUCCAUACCCAGUACCCUCCCCGGACCAGUUUACGCUCAACAAUGUAUAACAGCUGCAUAUGCUUCACGUCUCAAUCCUUUUGCUCUACACAAGAACGAGCAGAAUGCAUUUCAACAUCAUCUAUGUCAUCUUCAUGUCACGACAUACCUCAAUAUCCGAAACGGCAUUCUGCGCCUAUGGACCCGCAAUCCGAUGAUAAGUGUGACCCGGGAGGAAGCACUUGGCUGUGCUAAAGAUUACAGAUGGAUGGGUCUAGCAGAUUUUGCUUAUGAGUGGCUGGUCCGGAAUGGGUAUAUCAACUUUGGCUGUGUCGAAGUUCCACAGCCUCUCAUUACACCCAAGAAAGGCCGGCGCAAGGACGACGGACCGGUCAUUGUUAUCGUCGGGGCGGGUGUUGCUGGUCUUGCUUGUGCUAGACAAUUAGAUGGCUUAUAUCAGCAGUAUAGAGACAAAGUCGCAUCGUUGAAGAUCAUAGUGCUCGAGGGAAGGCGUCGCAUUGGCGGGCGUAUAUACUCGCAUCCGCUCAAGAGCCAUCAAAAGACUGCAUUGCCGAAAGGGCUGCGACCAACCGCUGAAAUGGGUGCUCAGAUCAUUGUGGGCUUUGAUCGUGGAAAUCCGUUAGAUCCCAUCAUUCGUUCACAGCUUGCGCUACGUUAUCAUUUACUCCGAGAUAUUUCUACAAUCUACGAUGUCGACGGCUCGGCUGUUGACGAGAUGCAAGACGCAAUGGAUGAACGUCUGUAUAAUGACGUUCUCGACCGUUCUGGAAACUAUCGUCAUAAAGCAGCCAUCCAGUCUACUGCGGAAGGGGACCGAGAGAUGAUAAACCAUGGUCGUGAUAUUCCCAUUGACGAUGGUGUCACGGUACACCAAUACGAAGAAGCUCGCGCCGCAGGAACUCAUCAUUUAAUGCUUCCUGCAGCUAGAUUUCGUCGCGGAAUUGGGCACAAUGCAUCCCGAAUUCUGCCGCCACCAUCGACAGCUCAAAUCUCAGAUCUUGGUCCAGAUGAAGAGCUGCCGGCAGCUAUGGAGUGUCAAAGCAUGGGGUGGAAGCUGAGAGAUGGCAUUUCACCUCGAGAUGAUUUACAGCUUGACAAUAUCGCAAAGACAUCUCCCACUCAGACCCUUGGAGCCGUCAUGGAUGAAGGUGUCAGGCAGUAUCAGCAUAUGCUCCCUUUGACGCCAAAGGACAUGCGGCUGUUGAACUGGCACUAUGCGAAUCUGGAAUAUGCAAACGCGACGAACUUGAACUCGUUGAGUUUAUCAGGCUGGGAUCAAGACAUGGGGAAUGAGUUUGAAGGCGAACACAGCCAGGUCAUUGGGGGAUACCAACAACUCCCACGGGGUCUAUGGGCAUUUCCUACCAAACUUGACGUUCGGACUAACGAGACGGUCGUCAAUAUUACUUACGAUGCCACUGGUAAGAUUAAGAACCGCAAGACGAUUGUCCACACUGAAAAUGGACCCAUCUCAGCCGACCAUGUCGUAUACACAGGCUCUUUGGGUACUCUCAAACACCGGACGGUGGAAUUUUCUCCAACACUGCCGGAUUGGAAGAAUGGUGCGGUGGAUCGGCUCGGUUUCGGGGUGCUCAACAAAGUCGUGUUAGUCUUUGAUGAACCGUUCUGGGAUACCACCCGAGACAUGUUCGGGCUCCUUCGUGAAGCGGAAGUUCCAGGCAGCAUGUCACAAGCGCAUUACACCAAGAACAGAGGUAGAUUCUACUUAUUCUGGAAUUGUAUCAGAACGUCGGGCAUUCCUGUUUUGAUCGCGCUGAUGGCUGGAGAUGCUGCGCAUCAAGCAGAGGAGAUGCCAGACAAAGAGAUUGUCACCGAGGUUCUCUCUGAACUCCGCAAUAUCUUCAAGUCGAAAACAGUCCCGGAUCCACUAGAAACAAUCGUCACGCGCUGGAAGUCAGACAAGUUCACUCGUGGCACAUACUCGUAUGUAGCAGCUGAUGCGUUGCCAGGGGAUUACGACCUAAUGGCCAAAGCCGUCGGGAACCUCCAUUUUGCCGGUGAAGCCACUUGUGCUACACAUCCAGCGACGGUGCAUGGGGCAUACCUGUCAGGAUUAAGGGCGGCAGCAGAGAUUAUGGAGGAAAUAAUUGGGCCAAUUGCAAUACCGACACCAUUAGUCCCACGUCGUCGAAGGGCAAUUCCAAUAUUACACCUGGGCGCGCCUUCAAUGACAAAGACAGUCAACAAACCUUCGCCCCCUCCACCAACCACAUUCGCCAAUUCCACUACAAGCGCAGAGCAACAAAAACACUAUCUCUACAAAAUAGCACUCGAGAAUCAUAUUCGAGCAACACUCGGCGCCCCACCAACCAAACCAGCCAAGAUAGCCCUCAACCCCUUUCUCACAUUCCAAAAGGACUAUUGGAUACGCGCAAAACAGCGCUGUGAGACCAACAAACGGCAAUCCACAAACGACUUCGAAGCAAAAGCCGCGCGGGAUGAGAUACGGGCUGUAUUGGGACAGAUGUGGCGUGAAGCAGAGGAAGAGGUUAAGAGGCCGUAUCAGGAACAGAUGGUGGUGAAUCGACGGAUGAAUGAUGAGAUGGCUAAGACGUGGGAAGAAUCUAUGAAGGAGUAUGAGCGGAGGAGUCUUGAGGUUGGGAAGGAGUUUACUUUUGAGAAAUGGGCUUCUAUGAAUCCAUGAAACUUUAUUAGUAUUAUGCAUAUUAGGCGUUAUCGUAUCCGUAUUAG